GAAACGCGAGUACUUAAAAUUCCAGAAUCAGAAAAAUAGCGUAUUCAAACCCGUCUUCCGCUCACAUAAACUGGACGAACAAAGAGAAAUAUAUCGAAAAGCGUUUCAAGCGGAGCAAGACGCUGUUAUUCAGCUGGAAAACAUGGAGGCAGAAGAAGAAAAUUUACGUAAACAGACUCUGGCGGCUAAACAAGAAUAUCAGCGUUACAAGUAUCAGCAUUUGCAACUGGAUCGAUUUAUAGCAAAUAUUUUCCAAGAAGCCACUAACGUUGAAAAUUACCCCGAGCUGACUGCACUCACAGCAAAGAUUGAACAGGAAAAUCAGGCCAAAUCGAGGUGUCAGCCCGAACACCAUCAAGCUGAAAGGAAAAGAAGAGACAUAUCGAGCGCCAUCCAAUCAUUGGAAAAGGCAAGCAAAGCACUAGCCUUUGGCAUCGAUGCACCAACCCUUUUGGACACGUUCAGCAAUAGAGACGACUAUAGAGAUAGCGUGAAGAGUGCCAAACGACAUGUAGAGUCUGCAGUCCAUUUAUUGAAAACCCAAGGGGACCCCGAAGCUGAUAGCUUAAAGGUUGUGUUGGAUUCCAUGAUGCUACGAAAAGACACGUUUUGGGAUGAACAAAGUGAACGCAAUCAAAAGCGUCGAGCUCAACUGCAGCUUUGGGAAGCCCAAAUCCGAGGAACUCUAAAAGGAUUACAAAUCAACCUGUUGGCACCGCUGACCAAAAAAGUCAAUGAUCUGAAACGGCGAAUAAAGAACUAUGAUGAUAUCCUUAUGGCCUUAAAGGACGAUAUCCUAGAGAAACAACAGCAAAUUCUUGACGAUAUUUUGUCUGAUAUACCAGUGUAUCAGCCUGCCGGAGGGCCUCCGCCCUAUGUGCCAGAACCUGCCACAUCUACUGCAUGAGCCGUUCGUAUCACUCCUGCAGCAAUCAAUCCAUUUACCCUAUUUAUUUAUUCCGUAUCUUCACGGGCUCUAAUCCAUAUAUAGUUUUAUACCAAUAGUAUGCGCUGACUUAUUUAUAUCAUUUUUUAUUUUCGACCAUAUAAUCCCAUGCAUAAAACUUGCCUGAAUGCUAUAAAACACAGAUCAAUUAAUAUACGCAUCAUCUUACGUGAUAUCGAAGUUUUCACAAUGUUGGCUGAAAACGUAUCCUCAUGACCUGUUGUGCGAACCAACUUGAAUUUGGAUUCCCAGCAUCAGCAGUUAUGCUAAGC